AUGGCGGUAAUCUCGCGCCUUCUGGUCCUCGUUGGGAUCUUGUCCCUAUUCCAUGCAGCCUACUCCGCUCACGAAUUCUCGACUCUCACUACCAAACUCCAUAAGAACGCCGCUCUCCCGCUGGACAUCAAGCUCGAGACUCUGUUCUCAGUCCUCCUUGCAUGCGUCGGCCUCGUCUUGGGCUCCGAGCCACUGAAACCCGUCAGCUGGAGCGCAUGGGCAGGACAGAUUGAGCGAGAAGGUGGAGGAUCGAAUCCCUUUCGGGGAUUGGAGGAGAGGGUUGGGUUUAUGGAUAUCAGGGCUCAGAGGAAAGCGUUCACCGAGUGGGCAAAACAGCAGGGCGCUGGGUUUAAAAGUUGA